AUGGCUCAGACGAGACCCCAUGACCCACAAGGCCCUCUGAGAAAUGUAUCUUUGAGGGUAUCUCAAGUAUUUUCAGCAUGCAGCUUCUGUAAAAGUCGAAAGAUCAAGUGUGAUGGUGCAACUCCAGCUUGCGGCCGCUGUGUUCGAUCCGGCCGUCAAGAGACCUGUUCUCUCAUGACUGACACAUCCAGUCGUGCAAGAGACUAUCAUACGUUCCUCCUACAAAGGAUAGCAAAUGCUAAACGGAGGCUUGCUGAAAACCAGGCUAGACAUGAUAACCGAACCCCAUCAUCACAUGUUCAACAUCAACAGCCAAAAGCACAGGAAAGCUCAAUGAUAGACUCUCUGGUCAAUGACAUAGAAGCUCUUCCGAUUAUUCCAUGCUCAUAUGCAUCGGAUACAGGAGGGCCAACACUCUCAACGCUUGUGUUGGCUACCGCAGGCACAGAUCAGAUCUCCAUCCACCAGGCCCAACAGGAUGAAAUGACACCUUGCCUACCGAAGGAAUCCACAGCUUUAAGCCUUGCGAAGCAUUAUUUCGACAAUGUAUAUCCGCGUCUUCCCUUUUUCUCCAUCCAAGGCUUUUGGGUACAAUUCCAACAUGUCUUUUCCGGCGCGUCGGCCUCUGUACAAGAUAGACACCCGCAACGUCCACCAGAUCCAAUCAGUAUUCUAUCACCAAGUGCAGAAGACUUUGAUCGUUCGUCCCUGAGCCAUGGUUAUAGCUAUUUCACUGUCUUGUUAGUGCUGGCAAUAUCAGCUUCUAGCCUUUCACGUAGUGCAGAUAGCGUCAUAUCAGCACAGGCGGAAAGACUCUUUCGAAAUGCCUUGGCGUUUCGCGAAUCUGCCAUCAUACCAAGCAACAUCAUCGGGGUACAGUCCAUCUUAUUUCUGAUUCAAUUUGCGACUUUAAAUCCCUCACUGCUCGACGCAUGGUAUCUGAUAGGUGUUGGCAUGCGUAUGUGCGUCGAUCUUGGGCUUCAUCAAGAUCCUCAACCUACAGAUUCGGUUGAAGUGAGUUUGUUGGAAACGCGACGUCGUUUGUGGUGGAGCGUCUAUGCGUUUGACCGGUCGAUGAGUCUGGGGUGUGGACGCCCUACAGAGAUAUCUGACUCGGCCAUCAAUGUGUCCUUGCCAACGUUCAGAAUAGAGAUCCCAGCGACGCCCAUUCAGAUUCACGGGUAUCUACAACGAUAUCGCGCCCUUCAGAUCCAGUCCGAGAUUUAUAAUUCCCUCAGUAAUACCGCAAGCACUAAUAUGACUCUUGCACGAGAGACGAUCAUGCAACUCUCCCGCAAGUUGUCAGCGUGGAAGGAAGCAAGCUCUCAACUACCAACAAGAACUCUUCUGGAGAGCGAAUGGCUGAUGGGCCGCAUGCUUCUUCUGAGACCAUGUAGGUUACUUCCCGAAAGAACAAUGGACGAGCUCAACGAGCUAUGGCACUCGGCAAUUGGAUUCAUCGGCCUCUAUCGCGUAUUAGUCGAAACGAAUUCCAUAUUCUACGUUCAGGUCGCAUGCGAAAAGGUGUACUGGACGGGUCUCAUAGCCCUCUAUAGUUUCUGGAGUCUUCGUACAGGACCUGAUAACCUGCGCACAUUAAACAUCUGGGUCAUGGUCAGAGAUACCAUGUUCAUUCUUCGAAGCCUAAGCGAGCGAUGGGAGCAGGGGAAGCUACUCUGUUCAAGGUUUGACUCCCUAAUGACGAAAGUUCUAGAGAUUAUGGGUACAAAUCACGAUGUUGAUGUAUCUGAGAUACCUACAGCUUUGCAAAGCUUGGACCAGUACACAAGUCUUACAACAAUAUGGGCUUCUGCCGCUCGGGAUGAAGACCAAACGAAUGUCACGUGCCAGGAAACCAACACAUUGCGAAAGUUGAUAGUAGACAUGAUAUAG